CAGGCAGCCGGCGGUAGCUGAAGGAAUCUGGUUGUGGUGUUGGAUAGUACCGUGAGUUACUGUGGAUCCAGCAGCAGAGAGUACCAGUAUCCAGCCUUAAUCUUAGCAGGCGCGGAGACGUUUUUAGCGUCAGUGAAAGCGAACAUGAUGGCAGCCCUGGGCAACGCCGGUCGUUUGAUCCAAUUUGCCAGGAGCAGCUUGAGUCUGAGUUUGAGACGACGCUCCACUGCUGCAGCCGCCGCCUUCGCCCAGACUCCAGAGACGCAGGAAAACAGGAAGCCGAAGACGGGGAUCCUGAUGCUGAACAUGGGAGGACCCGAGAAGCUGGAAGAUGUUCACGACUUCUUGCUACGCCUCUUCAUGGACACAGACCUGAUGAAACUCCCAGUACAGAAUAAACUCGGCCCAUUUAUCGCCAAGCGGCGCACACCGAAGAUCCAGGAGCAGUACAGCAAGAUCGGAGGAGGCUCGCCCAUCAAACACUGGACGUCCAUGCAGGGGGAGGGCAUGGUGAAGCUGCUGGACGAGAUGAGCCCUGAGACGGCUCCUCACAAGUUCUACAUCGGCUUCCGGUACGUUCACCCGCUGACAGAGGAAGCCAUUGAGGAGAUGGAGAAAGACGGAGUGGAGAGAGCUGUGGCCUUCACGCAGUAUCCUCAGUACAGCUGCUCCACCACAGGCAGCAGUCUGAACGCCAUCUACCGUUACUACAGCAACAGAGCUGACAGGCCGAAAAUGCGCUGGAGUGUCAUCGACCGUUGGCCCACACACCCUCUGUUGGUGGAGUGUUUUGCAGAACAUAUCAGAAAUGAACUGCUGAAGUUUCCAGAAGAUAAGAGAGAUGAUGUUGUCAUUCUGUUCUCGGCACACUCGCUCCCCAUGGCUGUUGUAAACAGAGGUGACCCGUAUCCUCAGGAGGUAGGAGCCACAGUUCAGAGGGUCAUGGAAAGACUGGGUCACUGUAACCCCUACAGACUGGUGUGGCAGUCCAGGGUGGGGCCCAUGCCGUGGCUCGGUCCCCAGACAGACGAGGUGAUCAAAGGUCUGUGUGAGCGAGGGAAGAAGAACCUGCUGCUGGUGCCCAUUGCCUUCACUUCGGACCACAUAGAGACCUUACACGAGCUGGACAUCGAGUACAGACAAGUGCUGGGAGAGGAGUGUGGGGUGGAGAACAUCAGGAGGGCCGAGUCACUGAAUGGGAACCCUCUCUUUAUGAAGGCCCUGGCAGACCUGGUCCAGUCCCACUUGAAGUCCAACGAGCCAUGUUCCCGUCAACUGACCCUGCGCUGUCCGCUGUGCACCAACCCCACCUGCGGAAAGGCUAAAGCCUUCUUCGCCAACCAGAAGCUCUCAUAGAAACUCAAGACACACAUUCUGAUGCAGCAGGGCUACCUGUGGAGGAGCUCGAGGCCUUCUUCUAAAAAGCUUCAUUCAAACGCACAAGCGCACACCGCCUCUCCAACAAGAGUGUCAGUUAACCAGGAAAUGCCACCAAGAAAGGACCAAAUGGUUUCUGCAAAUGUAUUCUCACACACACAGUUACUUUAUGUUUUGGUCUUUAGAUGGGACUAAUAUCUGCCUUUCAAAACCUCUUUGUGCUACUUAAAUUCAUCAUUUUAUUUCACCAGAGAGGUUAAACCGUCAGCAGAUACCAUUUGGUCAAAGCUUGUGUAGAUUAGAGAACUGGGACAUCACAUGACAGGAAAAAAUUGCACUAAAAACUGCAUUUCCCCCUUACUCACAUUCCAUUUGCUUUGCCCCUGCAAACUUCCAUCAGAGACCCCCGUUUUCUUGCCUCUUGGUGCUAAAUGACUAACAGUCGGCCGUGAUGACACAGCACGCACCCAAAGGGUUCUGGGCUGUCUGGCCAUUUCCUUCGCCCUUCAUCUCACCUGCUGCUUCACGCCAUUGUCUCCCCAGGUGGUAGCCCUGCCCAUCCUGCUGUAACUCCUGCAAUUUGAUUGGAGGAGGUUGGAUCCUGCGUGAUAGGAGGGUACUGGCGGGCUUAAGAGAGAAAAAGAGGUUUAUAUUUAAAUUAAAUAAAACUAAAUGAAUUAUUGUGAUGAUCCUUCAUCUGCUCUAAUUUCAUAAAUGAACCCCAGUGAAGCUGGGAAACUAGAGUCACACACUGACCCUGUGAGUGUCAUAAGCAAGCUAGAAAAAUACGUUGCUUCUGUUUUCCUGCUGAGGGAAAAACGGAAACCAAAACAAGUCAAAAAGCGAUGAGGGAUAAUCGAACUGUUCACAUCUUGAGCUGUCCGUAUCGGUAAAGGUCCAGCCUGUGAGUUAGGGGUUGUGUGCAGUUAUUUAUUUUGAGAGCGAUUGGCCCAGUGACUUGACCAGGAGAUGAAAUAGUAGCUGCAUUUUUUUUUUUUUUUUUUUUUUUUAAAUAAAAUAAAA